UGAGAACAAGUUGGGUUAGCCUACUUCGCACCGUGUGACGUCAAUAAUUAUUUGGUACUCGCACAGAAGGAAAGUUAACCUAAAGUAUGUGUGUUUGUCGUGCACGGAGCAUAUGAUAGCCUACACAUUUUAGGUCAUUCGACUUGAAAUCACUUGCCAGAGGCACAGAAGUGUGACUGCCUCCUUGGAAACAGUUCGGUCGGACGUCACUGAGCAGCUGCGUAGCCUACUUUUUAUGAUUCUGAAAGCUUGCUGCAAAGGCUAACAGUUUCCACCCACGGAAAAGGUGUUUGCCUCCUUUUGAGUGAAUUGUCAUUCAUUUUUAGGACAUGAAAUGCACGCCUUACAAUGACAAUUGACUCAUGAGCCUCAAACCAGAAAGUAGAACUAGAUUUAACUAUUUUUGUUGUGAUUUUUUAAAGUGUGGAUAUAGCGGUCUAUUGAAACGGGGAAGUCUGUCAUAUAAAUGCCCUCUUCAUUGGAUAUGGUUCUAAAGUUAGACUCAGAAAAACUUGAUUUGGUCAAAUCCGAGUGCGAUGAGGAAAUUGAUGUGGAGCGACUUGACGGAAGUCUGCAUCAAGAACAACUUAACGGAAUGGGAACGAAGUCGGAGCAGCAUCGCAGGCUGACCCGCAGCCCGAAGUGCGCUCGCUGCCGAAACCACGGGGUUGUAUCUCGCUUGAAGGGCCACAAACGAUUCUGCCGCUGGCGUGACUGCCAGUGUGCUAACUGUCUGUUGGUGGUGGAACGACAACGAGUGAUGGCAGCGCAAGUCGCACUCAGAAGACAGCAAGCCACCGAGUAUAGAUAUAUGUAUUUUUGGCAGGGGAAAAAGGAUGCCACGACGUCAGCACCACUGCGAAGGACAGCAUACCAGCAGUGCUCUAGGGGGCCCAGUCUUCUGGCAAAGAGCAUCUUGGACGGAUAUAAACCUCCUGUUUCAGAAGAUACCGCCUGGUCAAAGACGGUGCCCUACCCCACAAUCAGUGAAAGGAUGAGAAAAAGACGUGCCUUCGCCGAUAAAGAACUAGAGAGCAUCAUGCUUGAAAGAGAAUUAAGGCAGCAAGAACUGGAGGAUUUGUCUGGACUUAAAAUCCUUCAGCCUGUAUUGUCCUAUGCAUCUCCUUUCUGCUGUCCACUGGCAGAGCCAAUACCGGCAGCCUACCUGCCUAUGUACAAAGGCAGCUCAUUGCUGUUUGAGUGUGACUUUCACUGCUGUCCACACAAGCUGUUUAAAGACAGGUCAACAGGGAGCAGUUGCAAGCAGUCUCCAGUGCUCUCUGGCUCAUUGCCUUUGGAGCACUUGGAUGUCACCAGAAUGAAAUCAAUUGAAAAAUGGGAAUUGUACAAGGAGGACAGGGCUUGUCAUGAAACGUCACCAGGACAAUUUCCUCGACUACAGCAGCGGAGUUAUUUUGAGAUUUCGGGUGGCUUGAACAUGGAUGCCUCUGGACCGAAAGCACUCCCGAGGGUUUCCAGUAUCCCAAAGCAAGGCAUCUCUUGUUCCACAUCAGAUUCAGACCAAGUCUUUAAGGAGUGUUUGCUGUCUUCUGCAAAUUUUUGUUCCACAAGCCUUCAUACUCUCACACACAAAGGAAAUUCAGCAGGCAGCACCCAUUACAGCUUGCAGACAAAAGUUACCAAGAACACGGCUGUGCAUGCUUUGCCGUUUUCUGUGGAGUCAUUGCUGAAAAGCUAAAAAACUAUUUAAGCAAACUUUCAGAGUUUUUAUUAGGUAAUAUCCAUGGAAGACUGAAUUGUUGAUUUUUAAACUCUUCUACAAAUUGAGACGAAUAUAACACUAUAUGUAAAGAUACAUUUUUAAUAAUAAAAGUACUUUUUUCCCAUGAAAUGAUGUCAAAUCAGGGUCUAAAUUAUACUUGAUGAUUUCUACCAUAUCCACAAUGGAAAUAUUCAUAUUGUGUUGAGUAAUAAUGAUAACAUGCUUUGAGGAAAUUUUUCAUACAGUUACAGUGCAUUUAAUUCUUUGCCAAACAUUUUUUGUUCAGUUUUAUCAAUAUUGAUGACUAUAAAACACUUGAAUUGUUUGGUUAUUCUGAUUUAACUAGGAAUGACUACAUUAUAACAUGUAGUCUAUAUAUGUAUGAAGUAAGUACUACAUUUCUAAUGCUUUAUUAUUCAUUAAAAUGGCAAAAUACAAUGAUACAUAUUAUUUCCCCUUUUUUGGCAGACAUAAACUUAAAUGCUUUCAAUAUUUAAGGCCAAAAUUCUACCUAUCACAAAGAUAUUUCUAAAAGAUUUAUCAUGUUAUUUG